UCAGAACCUGGAAAAUUCCGCCAAAAAGUAAAGGUGUGGAUUUAUGAAUACUGGAAUUUUACUGAUUCUAUAGCUAUCAUCCUGUUUAUGAUUGGCUUUGGCUUGCGCUGGUCCGACCCUCCUGUUCAAACUGCAGGGAGGCUACUUUACUGCUUGGAUAUAAUAUUUUGGUAUGCUCGGCUCCUUGAUCUUUUUGCAGUGAAUCAGCAUGCUGGCCCAUACCUGACAAUGAUUGGGAAAAUGACAGCAAACAUGUUCUAUAUUGUGGUCAUGAUGGCUAUUGUCCUUUUGAGUUUUGGAGUGUCACGAAAGGCAAUCCUUUCACCAGAGGAGCCUCCUUCUUGGACUCUGGCACGAGAUAUUGUAUUUCAACCCUACUGGAUGAUGUUUGGUGAGGUCUAUGCUGGAGAAAUCGAUGUCUGUGAAACCGAUGAAGACUGUCCUCCUGGCUCCUUCCUCACGCCAUUCCUCCAAGCUGUCUACCUCUUUGUGCAGUACAUCAUCAUGGUCAACUUGCUUAUUGCUUUCUUUAAUAAUGUUUAUUAUGAUUUGAAAUCCAUAUCGAACAAGCUCUGGAAGUACAACCGGUACCGCUACAUAAUGACCUACCAUGAGAAGCCAUGGCUGCCUCCGCCUUUCAUCCUCCUGAGUCACAUUGGACUUCUGAUAAACCGCAUCUUCCACCAUCGACCCCCAAAUGAGCUGGAUCAAGAGGAAGGCGAUGUUGGACUAAAGCUGUACCUGAGUGAUGAGGAGUUAAAGAAACUCCAUGACUUCGAGGAACAGUGUGUGGAAAAGUAUUUUCAUGAGAAGAACGAAAGCCUGAGUUCCAGUGACAGUGAAAGGAUCCGUCUGACAACAGAAAGAGUGGAGGAGAUGUUUCUGCAGCUUAAAGAAGUUCAUGAGAAAAUAUUUUAUAUCAAGGAGUCUUUACUCUCCCUGGACAGCCAGCUAGGACAUUUGCAAGACCUGUCUGCCUUGACAGUGGACAUCCUGAAGGUGCUUUCAGCUGUAGACACCUUGCAGGUGGAAGAAGCCUUACUGGCUGACACGAAACAUCGAACCUGUAGGAAGCUGCCCCAUAGCUGGAGCAAUGUGCUCUAUUCCAAGACCUUAAGCAGCCUGGAGUGUUUAUGUGAUAAGAAGCACCACUACUACAGCAUGCCACCAUCCCUCUUACGGAGCUUGGUAAGGAGUCAGUGGGCUUCAGAGUACAAAGAACACGUUCUGGGGACCAAGAGUAACAAAAUGGUAGAAGACAGUUCUCGAAAGAUAGAAAUAGAAAGUGACACACUGACUUCGGGAGUAUCCUCUGAGACUAAGUCAACCCCUAGAUAUGGACAAUUUUUACUGGUGCCCCCCGACCAUCAGGGAGGGUCUUUCUCUGAGAAUGUCACCUUAAAUUUGUCCUUUUUGAGCACUCCUGCCAAGUACAGGGACGAUGCAUUCAGAGAUGAACUGCAAAGUGGCAUUGUGGUGCAGCAAAACUUGCGGAGUGUCAGCCUUAUUGGAAAAGAGCCAGAAGAUUAUCAAUGGAGCCAGAGAGACUUUAUUACUCAUUUGCCAUCAGAAAAGGCUAAUGACAUAGAGCCUGAUCAUCCUCUUGGUGUCCAUCCAUCACUGGAUGUUGAAGAGGGUGCAGCACCCUCCUGUGAUGACAGGAAAGAAACUGAAGGUGGUUAUGUGAACUGGGGAUUCUCUGAAGGUGAUGAAAAAGGGGUUUUCAGCUCAGAGAAGAAACAGAAGAAGGGCCUGUGCAUACAUUCCACCUAUAACAGUGAGUGCAAUUGCACAGGUAGUCCUCCCAGGCGUGUCCAGAUAAGAGAAUCAAAGUCAUUCUCCUACAACUCUGAUAGGUCACGUCACAGCAGCAUCAUCUCUCAGAGCAAGCUAAAACGCAGCACCUCCUUCUGGAUCAGCCCACUCUGGAGGGACUGGAGUUUCUGCAGGAGCAACAGCUUACAGUCCCCUAAGACAGAGAAAAGAGAGAAAACCUGCAAGGCCAUAGCUGAGUCUUUACGAUCCAGUGAGCUACACCAGAGUGAGGCAACAAAAGCAAAACAACAAAACAGAGACAGAAAGCCAGGGAGAGGAAAGAAAAAUCAAAAACUCCUUCAGGUGCCGGUGAUUAGAGUGGAUGAUUGUCCCCAGAACACCCAAGUGAGCUCAGAGCCUGCAGAGAUCAAUGUUUGGGAUGAGCAAGAGAAACACAGCAAGAACUGGCUCACUGUGUCUAAUUUCAGUCAGCUAAGUUUGGAACGUCUCAGUUACAUGCACCAGAAAAUGAAAAAUCAAGACAUUGGUAGGCAUACCAUACCAUUCUGUGAUUAUCUGAGGCAGUCUCGAGAGGAUUUGAGUAGUAGCGUAUUUGGAACCACCAAGAAAAGUAAUUUGAACAGGAGCUCCUUGUUGAGAACUUCAGAGGGAACUGACAAUAUCUUUGCCUGCUUGAAGACAUCUCAAGAUCUGCAUCAUCACUACUCAGCUGUUGAAAGAAACAACUUAAUGAGACUUGCUCAGACCAUACCAUUUACACCAGUCCAGCUCUUUGCUGGAGAGGAAGUGACGGUCUAUCGGCUAGAAGAAAGUUCACCUACGAACCUUGAUAAAAGCAUGUCUUCCUGGUCCCAGCGUGGUAUGGCUGCAAUGAUCCAAGUCUUAUCGCGGGAGGAGAUGGAUGGGGGUCUGCGGAGGGCCAUGAAGGUCAUUUGUACUUGGUCUGAGAACGAUGUGUUGAAGCUGGGACAAGUAUUUAUUGUGAAGUCGUUUCUGCCGGAGGUGGUUCAGACUUGGCAAAAGAUCUUUCGUGAUGGCACAGUGCUACAUCUCUGCCUGAGGGAGAUCCAACAGCAAAGGGCUGCCCAGAAGUUAAUCUAUACCUUCAAUCAAGUGAAGCCUCAUACUAUUCCCUAUACUCCAAGGUUCCUGGAAGUUUUCCUCGUCUACUGCCAUUCAGCAAACCAGUGGCUGACCAUUGAGAAGUACAUGACUGGCGAGUUUCGGAAAUACAACAACAACAAUGGGGACGAGAUUACUCCCAGCAGCUUGCUGGAAGAGCUGAUGCUGGCCUUCUCUCACUGGACCUACGUGUACACCCGUGGGGAGCUCCUUGUCCUGGAUUUGCAAGGUGUAGGGGAAAACCUUACAGAUCCGUCUGUGAUUAAACCUGAAGACAAAAAAUCUGGAAAGACGGUAUUUGGACCAGCAAACCUCGGAGAAGGUGCAAUAAGAAACUUCAUCACAAAGCAUCGUUGUAACUCUUGCUGUAGAAGGCUGAAACUUCCUGAUUUGAGAAGAAAUGACUGCACACUGGAAAGGGUCAGUCCAGCCUUCAAAAUAGAAAUGGAGACAAGCACCAGAGGAGCUGACGAUCCGGACGAGCCUUUGGAGUAUGACACGCGGCUGUGA